AUGGCGGCUCGGGUCAAUAGAGGUCGUCAAAAGAUACCUUUGCAAAAAAUAGAGAAUGAGACAUACCGGUCAGUUACUUUCUCCAAGAGAAAGUCUAGCAUUCUUAAAAAAUCAAGUGAGCUUUGCACACUCACAAGUGUAGAGAUGGCAGUAAUCGUAAGGUCUGCUGGGAAUAAAACAUUCUCUUUUGGCCACCCUCAUGUGCAAGCCAUUAUAGACCGUUUUCUGUUGGUGAACCCUGAACCCCUCGCCAACCCAUACAUCGCCAAUCAGUUUUUGGGAAAUUUCCACACCAUAAUUGAGGAACUCAACACGGAGUACACUGUUGUAGAUGAGGAGUUCAUAAAUUGUAAACAACAGAGGGAUGUGCUUACAAGGACAGAUAGGGUUUGCGAAGCAGAGCAGCGAUACAAGAGGUUAUUAGACUACAUGGACCGUGAAGAGAUAAACUCGUUUGAAAGAGACUUGGUUAAGCUGCAUGGUAUUGUAGCUCAACGGUCCGAAGGUUGCAACAAAGGCAAGAUCAGCUGA